CGCAGCUAGUCUAGUCUAUCGUGAGAGCAUUUCGAAGAGAGCCGGUCAAGGUUAUCAUGCAGGAUGGUCGAGUCUAUCGUGAACGAAAAGCGCUCUGAUCAACUCCGCAUCAUGAAGAGGUUGAUCGAAUGCGAAUCAAAGGCGCCAGCGCACCCCAACUGCCGCGGCCCAUCCACGGGAUCCGUCAAGCGAUAGGCCUCUUCAGACGGUCUCCAGACCAGAGUCGAGCUCAUAUAUGCGCCUCGCGAAGGCGAGGAAGCAGUCGUUAUCUGGCGGCUCCCCUGUCAGGCGAACCCGGUGACCUCUGCAAGGGGGCCCUGUCGACCCCUGCGAGGGGACCCGUGCGCGUUGGGACGUACCCGUGCGUGUUGGGAUUCACUGGGAAGUACCCCUUCAGGAGACCCUAUACCCGUCCGAAGACCCUAUGACGCAGCGGUCGAAGUUGGUGCGGCGAUAGAGUGUGAUGCGUGCGUUGGCAAGGGCGGAAUCAAGCGUGGAAGAUAGGCCGUCCGGACGUGGAAAAUACCAUCCGGACGUGGAAGAUGGUCCCACCCGACGUGCGUCGCGGCUGUCGACGUCGGCGCUGAUAGGGC